AAAAAGUUACGUUUGUCUCUUCUCGAUUCAUUAACGAGCUUGUGCUGAAGCGUUUGAAGGCUUUUACGGUUACACAACACUUCGCAAGGGAGGAGAAUAAUCCACAGUCGAGCGGAAGAAGAUGCGAGCGUCUUCGUCACAUGCACAUGAAUGGACAGGUGACAGUGCGCAGGGAUGCCACAGGAGACAAAUAUAACGCAGAGCGAUUUGUGAGGGACCAGCAGCGGUGAACAAUGGGCAGCGAGCCGGGUCCAGUUCAGAUAGUGACGGUGUGUAAGGAGGAGCACUCCUUCACGCUGAACGAAGAAGCGCUGGCACGCGUUCUGUUGGCGCCCGAGGUCCGGGACAAACACGUGGUGGUUCUGUCGGUGGCCGGGGCCUUCAGGAAGGGCAAGAGCUUCCUGCUUGAUUUCAUGCUGCGCUACAUGCACAGAAAGGGUGAUAGGAACUGGCUGGGUCAGGAUGACGAGCCACUCACCGGAUUUUCUUGGAGAGGCGGUUCGGAGCCGGAGACAACCGGCAUCCAGAUUUGGAGCGAGGUCUUCCCCAUCCAAAAGAGUGACGGAACAGAGGUGGCUGUGGUGCUGAUGGACACUCAGGGAGCGUUUGACAACCAGUCCACAGUGAAAGACUGCGCCACCAUCUUUGCCCUCAGCACCAUGACCAGCUCCAUUCAGAUCUACAAUUUGUCUCAGAACAUCCAAGAAGACGAUCUGCAGCAGCUACAGCUCUUCACAGAGUACGGACGCCUCGCCUUGGAUGAAAUCUUCCUGAAGCCCUUUCAAUCCUUGAUGUUCCUGAUCCGUGAUUGGAGCUUUCCUUAUGAGUACACGUACGGCUUUAAGGGAGGCAAUGAAUUCCUGGAUAAGCGGCUGCAGGUUAAGGAGCAGCAACAUGAGGAGCUGCAAACAGUGAGGGAGCACAUCCACUCCUGCUUCACCAACAUUUCCUGCUUCCUGCUGCCUCACCCGGGGUUGAAGGUCGCCACCAGCCCUGCUUUUGAGGGACAACUCAGCGCCGUGGCGCCCGAGUUCAAAGAGCAACUGAAGGUUCUGAUCCCCAAUCUGCUGUAUCCCGACAACCUGGCCGUGAAGGAAAUAAAUGGCAAUAAAGUCACCUGCAGAGGCCUGCUGGAGUUUUUCAAGGCUUACAUCAAGAUCUACCAGGGAGAAGACUUGCCAGAGCCAAAGAGUAUGCUCAUGGCUACAGCUGAGGCCAACAACCUGGCAGCCGUGGCAGCAAGCAAAGACCAGUAUUACAAGAACAUGGAGAAGAUGUGUGGCGGAGACCUGCCCUACGUGGCUCCGGAGUCCCUGGAGGAGAAGCAUCACUUUUACUUCAAGGAGGCGCUUCACAGCUUCUCCUCCACCAAGAAGAUGGGCGGCCAGGAGUUUUGUGACCGUUACCAGGCCCAACUGGAGAAGGAGCUGGAGGAAAUGUGGGAGUCGUUCGCCAAGCACAACGAGUCCAAGAAUCUGUUCAGCGCCUUCCGCACGCCAGCGGUGCUGUUCGUGCUGGUGUGCUUCCUCUACGUGUUGUCCGGUGUGCUGUUCUUCAUCGGCCUGACCACCUUCGCCCUGGUGUGUGACUGCAUUCUGGGCUUGGUCAUGAUGGCCAUGCUGACAUGGGGCUUCAUUCGCUACACUGGCCGCUACCAGCAUGUGGGUGGUGCCAUCGACCAGGCCGCCGGCGUUGUCUUGGAGCAGGCCACUGUGGUGUUGAACAAGUCAAAAGGGCAGGGCGUCCCUAACGUAAAGAAAUCCAGUUAGAGGACCUGCAGAGCUUGAUAAUCUGGACGCAGCACAGCACGAGACCCCACAUUCCGCACUAAAAGCCUUAUCGUUCCACCCGCUCUGGGAGAAAGAAACAUGCAGCUCAAGCACACACGGACACAACAAGAAGAAAGAAAGAAAGAAAUGUUCCCAAAAAGCCAGCAUCUGUAUCUGCACGGGAGUGAAUCUUUAUUAUUAGACUGGAUUGCAUGCAUGGCAUCGCAUAUUCUGUCGUAAGUGCCACGUUUACAGCUGGGAGAACUUUUCAUUUAGCUUUUGAUUACUCAAGGCGGUUCGUUUGGGAUGCAAGCACAGCUUCUGCAAAAAUAUUGUCCCAUUCCAAAAUACGCUUGCUUAAAAGCUAAUAAUGUGUAGACAUUCCUCUUUUACUUUGUGCCUUAAAUCACUCCAUUCCUGUGAGAUUUAACAUUCCCGUUCAGUUUAUACACAUUAAUUUGCAUAGAAAGCUGAAGACGCACGAAGGAGAACAUUAUGCACUUUCUGUCUCAAGGUUGUUGAGGCCAAAUGAGAAUAUAGUCAAGAGAAAUUGUGUAUUCCAAAGUCUUUGUCGACCGUUCCCUCAGCGGUAACAUGUUACAUUUCGAUACAAGACACUAGAUUGUUUUCUUCGAUCCGUUAUUUAUAGGAACUUGUUUAGAACUCCAAAGAUUAUAUUGAUAUACUGUAUAUGAAAUAGCAUCCAGAUAGCCAAAGACUUAACUUAGCUUUUGUAGCCUCUUUUGAAUUCCAUUCCACUCUGUUGGUCUCAAUACUCGUGACUACAGAUUUAAAUGUGUUGUCUCAAAAUGGCAGUAAAAUGAUUAACAACAAUGCACUGUUGAAAGUGUUGAACGCAAAGAUCUAAAAAGGCUAAAAAAAAAAAAAGGAUGUCGACAGCAGACUGUGUUGAUGUACCGCAGAGAUGGAUGUCCUGUAGCACAGAUGCACCAAAUAAAACACUUGGAUCAUUCCCAAACAUUUUCACUGUCA